AUGUAUACGCAGUCGUCAACGUCGAUGCUGUGUUCUUCAAUAACGCUGCAGUGUUCAAACGUCAGUCUGCCGUACACAAUCUCCACAGCACACGCGCCUGCGCCCAUGCAAGCUGUGGGUAUGCCUGCGUCCCUCUACCUGUUUUACAACAUUGCAGAUGCACAUCCCGCUCAUCACGGCGUCUCCGCGCGAAUCAUGUCUGUUUGUUCGUCCUCGCUAGGGACCCAGGUGCACCCAAACCAAAUCAAACCAAGUCAGACCAGAGCAGACAGAUAG